CAAAUUGACUCACUCGUGCAAAGACACUCUUUUCCUUCACGCAGGUGCGUCCAUCCAAAGAAACGGCACGCACACUAUCUAGGUCUGUCUGUCGUUUCGUUCGCUGCAAACAGCGGAUCUCACAAAGGGUACGUGGUCUGUCUGACUGUUGUCUCAGUGACAAAUAUGAACAGCUGAUAUAAAUGGACUUCAAUGGGCGACAAAUAUGUCUCGUGUGUCUGUUUGUCUGUGUGUGUGCGUGUGUGUGUGUGUGUGCAGCCAGCACACGGCCCUCCCGUCUGCCCUCUUCCCAUCCGACCACCUCCCCCUCAUGGCCGAAUUCGCCAUGCUCGCACCCCAAUGAGUCAGUCAGGCAGUGCUCCGUCGGCUGCCAUGUGGUGGCCCCUCGGCUGUCUGUGUCGCUGACCGACGACCAUUCUCAUGGGCAGAGGUGUCCGGGUGCGGGGUAGAAGGCCGUGAUGGGCACGAGUAUGCCCGUGUUGACCUCCUCGAACAGCAGGUCCAGGAAGCCCGAGGGGAUGCCCGUCGUCGAGCGGAUGCGCGACUUGUCACCGAGAAUCCCUGCACACAGACAGACACACAGAGAGGGGAGGGGCGUGGUGACUGGAUGGGAGCAUGUGCAUGUUCGUGUGGACAGACUGUAUAGCUUCCGACUGACCUGUAAUAUUGCCCGCCAGGAAGGCCACAAAUUCGCUCUUCUCGUUGACAUGGGGGUCGAAAACGAUCUCAGCCAACGGGAAUAUGGCACUCAACAUGCUGUACCGACCUGCAGCCAUGAGAGAGGAUUACACACACACAGACGCACAUUCUCUCUCACUGAGAUGGGACGCAUGCACCUGAGUAGGCGGUGACCAUCUUGAGCUCUGCGCCUGCCUGCUGCAGGUCGUCAAACGUCUUCCAGCCUACACAGACACAAGACACACACACACACGCACACAUGAGAAUCAUUGCAGCGACACACACGCAAGCGUCCCUCACUCUUGAGUCUUGACACGGACACAAUGUACUGAUUUAUUGCGGCGUCGCAGCCCGAGUCGAAGGCCACAGUGCGGCCCAUCAUGCCCUCAGGCGACGUCCUCUCGCCUAUCAGCCCGCCCUUGGCAAACCACGGCAAUGUCAGGUCGACAUUGCCGCUGUUCAACUCCUGCCAGCCAUCAGUGAGACACCGACAGUCGCCGUGUCUCACUCCCCCACUCACUCACCGCGAGUGUCUCUGCCUCCGAGCUGUACUUGAUGACUUCGAUUCCCAGCGGCUCGCCGAUGUAGUGCCGGCCAAUGGUCGCUGCCUCGGCCCGGGCGAUAUCGAUGGCCGUCCGAAUUACCGGGGGCUCCGCCUCCUCUUGCGGCAACACAAAGGAAGCCAACUUCAAUGACUGACAACAAAGGGCAACAGAAAACGUAAAAGGCUGUCUGUCUGUCUGUCUUUGCGUCCUUCUGUGAGUGCAUGUGUGUCACCUUGCGCUCGAGUGCUUUCUGCAGUCUGCUGCCGUUGACCACCGGCGGCCAUGGGAACUGAGCGGUGUCCAAACCACAAUCGAUUGCCAACCUGACACAAACGAUCACACAGACAAACAGAGGAGAGUGACAGUAAAAGCACAAAGGACAAUGGCCCAUCUUCCCUCACCGGUAGUUGGUCUCUCCCGCCCCGCCCUCCUCGACGGGCGCCGUCCACCUGGCCAUGAGACUCUGGUUGCCCUCGGCCGCCUUGAGCUCCGUCAGUGCACGAUUCAUGGCAAACAUGACGCUGCGGUCGACCAGACACGCCGACCCGUUGCCGGCGGGGUAGUAGAGCGUCGUGUUGACCGACACCACCGGCAGGGACGGGAAUGCCUCAGUGAGGCAGGAGGGCGGGAGGGAAAAGAGCAGCAGGAUGGAGCAGAGCAAGAGGACCAAAUGGAUGGAGAUGCCGACAUCCUGCGAUUUGACGCCGCUGCGCAGCAUCAGUCGACUCGCCGGCUGGCGUCUCC